AUGCUUGGGAUAUUGACCAAAUCAGCAUCGAGUGUGCCUGCGAAGCGGGGUCUACAAGAUGCACCCAACUCCCGACAAAACCAGCAAGUGUCGCCAUUGAAGAAGAUCAAGCUUGAAGAUGGCAAACCUAUUGUCCAUGCUGUACCACGAAGAGGACUCAAUGGCAGUAUAGUCGGCUCCAGCCAGCCCAAGAGCAAAUUUGAGGAAGAGGUUUUGGAGAAGCUCACGCAGGAUAUCGAUGCGCUCAAACACAAAAAUGCGGAAAAGGAUCAACAUUGGGCGCGGCCCAGUCUUGAAGAUUUCGACCCAAGCACAAACACUCUCUGCUUUCAGGCCAUCGAUGCGGAGGAAGGCACUCUACACGGUGGCAGAGGAACGGUCAAAUUGUUUGGUGUCACUGAAGACGGGCACUCAGUGGUCCUACAUGUGACCGACUUCUUGCACUACCUCUACGUGGCAGCACCUGUAUCGUUCACAAAAGCCGACUGUGAGCCAUUCAAGAUGUUCCUCGAAUCAAGCCUAGCGCAGCACUCGACUGCGAUACAUUCAGUGCAGAUUGUGCUUCGAGAGAACAUGUUCGGGUUUCAAGGCAAUCAAAAGGGGGCUUACUUGAAGAUCACUGUUACGGAUCACAAAAUUAUCAAUCGACUACGGACAACAAUUGAGAGCGGCAAUGCCAACUACAAGGGCCUCUGGAAAGGAGCCGAUGGUGGCAUUCUCACAUUCGACAGCAUCCAAUAUGUGCUACGAUUCAUGGUGGACACAAAGAUCUCGGGGAUGUCCUGGGUUUCGGUGAAGCCGGAACAUUAUCACAUAAUACCUGAGCGCGACCGGCAUUCGCAAUGUCAAAUUGAGGCGCACUGCCACUAUCGCGAUAUUAUAGCCCACCCCAUCGAUGGUGAGUGGGCCAAGAUGGCACCUCUUCGCAUUCUCAGUUUCGAUAUCGAGUGCGCUGGUCGCAAAGGUGUUUUCCCUGAGGCCAAUGUGGAUCCAGUGAUUCAAAUUGCAAACGUCGUCACUCGAUAUGGAGAGGAGAAACCUUUUGUGCGAAACGUCUUCUGCAUGGACACUUGCAGUCUAAUCGUCAACACCCAAAUUUUCGAAUUCGGCUCGGAGGAGAAAAUGCUCAUGGCUUGGAGGGACUUCUUGGAAGAAGUGGAUCCGGAUGUAAUCAUUGGCUACAACAUCUCCAAUUUCGACUUUCCAUAUCUGCUGGAUCGUGCAGCUCAUCUGAAAGUGGGCCGAUUUCCUUUUUGGUCAAGAUUGAAAAAUGUCAAGUCGAUCGCAAAGGAAACGAACUUCUCCAGCAAACAGAUGGGCAAUCGAGACACCAAAGCCACGAACACAAACGGUCGGUUACAGCUCGAUCUCUUGCAAUUGGUGCAGCGAGACUACCAAUUACGCAGCUACACCUUGAAUUCCGUCUCUGCGCACUUUCUCAACGAACAAAAGGAAGACGUGCAUCAUACCAUGAUCACCGAGCUGUACAAUGGAACACCUGAAUCAAGGCGAAGAUUGGCGGUGUACUGUCUCAAGGAUGCUUACCUGCCUCAAAGACUGAUGGACAAACUCAUGUGUCUUGUGAACUAUACCGAAAUGGCGAGGGUCACGGGUGUUCCAUUCAAUUUUUUACUUUCCAAAGGUCAGCAGAUCAAGUUCAUCAGCCAGCUUUUCCGGAAGGCGCUUGAACAACAACUCGUGGUUCCUAAUCUCCGGAGUGAGAGUAGUGACGAGCAAUACGAAGGCGCCACCGUCAUUGAACCCACAAGAGGGUAUUAUGAUGUCCCCAUCGCGACGCUGGAUUUUGCGUCCCUUUAUCCCAGCAUUAUUCAGGCCCACAAUCUCUGCUAUACAACUUUACUGAACAAGAACGCAGUGGAAAAAUUGCAAUUGAAGAAAGACGAAGACUACAUCGUAACACCAAAUGGCGAUCUCUUUUGCACCGCGAAGGUCAGAAAGGGUCUCCUCUCCCAGAUCUUGGAGGAGCUUCUCGGCGCACGAAAGCGUGCCAAAAAAGAACUCGCCGUCGAGACAGAUCCUUUCAAGAAGGCCGUGCUCAAUGGACGACAACUUGCAUUGAAGAUAAGUGCCAAUUCCGUGUAUGGCCUGACAGGUGCUACGGUGGGCAAGCUUCCUUGUUUGGCCAUUGCAAGCAGCACCACCGCAUACGGGCGUCAAAUGAUCGAGAAGACCAAAGAAGAAGUCGAAAAGCGAUAUACCAUCGCGAAUGGGUAUACGCACGAUGCUCAGGUCAUCUAUGGCGACACGGAUUCCGUCAUGGUCAAAUUCGGUCCCAAUGAUCUUGGAAAAGCAAUGGAACUUGGUCAAGAAGCUGCAGAUUUCGUGUCAAGCAAAUUCCUCAAGCCGAUCAAACUGGAAUUCGAAAAGGUAUAUUUCCCAUAUCUCCUCAUCAACAAGAAACGGUAUGCCGGGUUAUAUUGGACCAAUACAACCAAAUACGAUAAGAUGGAUACCAAAGGAAUUGAAACUGUUCGUCGAGACAAUUGUCGCCUGGUGCAGAAUGUUAUUGAAACAAGUUUGCGCAUGUUGUUGAUUGAUCAAGACGUUCAAGGCGCUCAAGACUAUGUCAAGGAGACCAUUUCCGAGCUGCUUCAGAACAGAGUGGACAUGUCGAAUCUUGUCAUCACUAAAGCGCUGACAAAGUCUGACUACGCGUCUAAGCAGGCCCAUACCGAGCUUGCGGAGCGCAUGCGUAAACGCGAUGCUGGUUCCGCACCUGCUCUGGGCGAUCGCGUUGCAUAUGUCAUGGUCAAAGGUGCAGCCAACGCUAAGGGCUACGAAAAGUCAGAGGAUCCCAUUUUCGUCCUCGAGAACAACUUGCCGAUCGACACCAAGUACUAUCUGGACAACCAGCUCGCGAAGCCUCUGGGCCGUAUCUUCGAGCCGAUUUUAGGAGAGAAGAAGGCGGCAUCUCUGCUGACCGGCGAACACACGCGCUCAAUAUCUGUCGCGGCGCCGACCAUGGGCGGCUUGAUGAAGUUUACAAAGAAGACAGAGACGUGCCUUGGCUGCAAGAAACCGCUGGUCUCGAAAGACGAGAAGGGUGGCGCGGUUGGAGAAGAAUGCCGACCGCGGUUUGCAGAGUUGUACCAACGCUCGCUUAGCAAGGUUUCAGAGUUGGAAGUCCGAUUUGGAAGGCUAUGGACUCAGUGCCAGCGGUGUCAGGGCAGCAUGCACAACGAAGUCAUCUGUUCUAGCCGGGAUUGUCCGAUCUUCUACAUGCGAAUGAAGGCUAAGAAGGAUGUUGAAGAUGCUGGGAAAGAGUUGGAUCGAUUCGACCGGGACGCAACACUUUGGUGA